CAUCAGUGUGCCCUUUUCUGUUGCUGCUGCCGUUUUGGUUACAUUCUUCUCCACAGCAAAAAAAAAGGACAGCGCCAUUGUACUGUGACGCUUUCUUUUACAUCAUUCUCGCUGGAUUAUUCUUGUACGGUAGUAGAAUGUCUUUCAGACACAUCGGCCACUCUCACUCGCUUAUCGUGGAUGUACUUCGUGCGAUUAUUUCUCGACCCGUUACCUGUCAUCAGCAAGGUCCAUUGCGCAAUAAAACAUUCGGUUCCUUCGUUAUAACAUCGCAGAAUGCAUCGUCUUUGCCUUAUCGCUCACGAUUGUUCCAAGGUCCUUCGUUCCUGAUGCCACGCUAUUAUACCACCCAAGUCCAACCCAAACCAGUGUGCGACAUUGACCGACCGACCUGCGACAGUUUGGUCGAAGAACAUGUUGCCCCGACAACUCGACCCAAGUUCCAUAAAAAGAUAUCGCAUAAAAAGGCCCGCGCUGCAUCUAAACGUUGGAAUGGUCUGAAACCAAAGAAAGCACCGAGUACCGUUGCAAACUAUAAUUGGCGCAUUUGGUUUGCUAUUCGCGAUGGGCGAGUGAACAAGGCGCUCGAGUAUUUACGAGAGAUGGAGAAUCGGGACAUGGAACCGGACAACGCCACGUAUAAUUUGAUCAUCAAUGGGUUUUGUAAACAAGGGGAUAUGGAACGGGCCAUCAAAUGGUACAAGCGGAUGGCGAAGCGUAACGUCAAGGCGACCGUACACACCUACACCAGUCUCAUUGAUGGAUACAUGCGCACUUCCAAUGUGGAUCAAGCCGAGGAAACAUUUCGAUUAAUGAUGAAGAAGAAGAUCAAGCCGACAUUAGUGACGUACAAUAUCUUGAUGCACCACUCUGUAAGGCAAUUGGACAUCGAUACUGCGGUGAAGUUUUGGGGGAAUUUGUUGCAAGCCGGUCUUCAACCUAGCGUUUAUACCUUUGCCAUUAUGAUACAUGGGUUCGGAGAUGCCGGGCAAGUGGAUGAAGCCUGGCGGUUGUACGAGCUCAUGCAGAAACACAACAUUGACGUGAACACGGUGGUGGCCACGACCUUGAUGGACAUGCACACCAUUCAUCACGACAAUCAAAACACGAUUCGUCUGUUCCACGAUUUUUUCCGCAAAAACGAAAAGAAUUUGCAACCGUCGGCUCAUACACGCAACGUGUUGCUCAAUGCAGUCAUUGCCACCGCCACCAAGGAGGAAAUCAAGACCUACUACGACCAAUUCCUCACCACGCUCAACGAGAAACAGACCACGGCCGUUUUCUCAGGUCCGUCUGUCUAUACCUACACUAGCUUUAUGCGUGCUUUUCUACGUCGGGACGAUUUAGCCAUGGUGAGCCAAGUGUAUCAAGACAUGGUUCAGCGGUCGGUCAAACCGACGCUUGUGACUUAUUCCGUGCUUAUGCUUGCUCACGCUUUUGUUCCUGAUCCGGAGGCUUGUGCUCGUAUUUUGGAUGAGCUGAAACGCAAUGGCAUCGAGGUGAAUGUCGUUUUGUAUACCAUUGUCAUGCGAGCGUGGGCCAAAUCCGGUCGGUGGGAUCAGGUCCGUCAGGUGUAUGAAGAAAUGAAACAAGCCAACAUUGAGCCAAGUAAACGUACCAUGGAAGUGUUACGCUGGGGUCAACGUAGUGGACACACGUACCUAUAACCAGUGUGCUUAUAUUCCAUCAUCCCUCUUUUCUUCUAUUUCCUUUCAAUGCAUUUUAAUGUUGGAUAACAUUAAAUCAUCUAUUUCCCCGCUCCUUCUCCCCACCUCUUUUUGCUGCCUUUCACAGCCUUUUUUUUUCAUCUAGUUCCCGUGUACAUAGCAACCAACUUUUUUUUCUUUGUAUACCAGUGUUAUAAUACAAUUUUAGGCUUCCCUCUUGCAAU